AUGAAACAAAGAACAUGGCCAUCCAAGUCCAAAUUGGACAGCCCAUUCAUAAAAAAACAAACCCCUCUUAAAAAUCAUCCAACUAAAACUUCAUCAUCAUCCUCCAGCUCUAACAAUCACGACUUUUCUCAGCUUCCGUAUGAUGUUCUGUUAAAAAUUGCUGCUACUUUUACAGUACUGAAUUUACGCACAGCUUCUUUAGUAUGCAAGUCUUGGUUUGAAGCUCUUAAACCUUUAAGAGAGUCUAUGCUUUUUCUCAGUUGGGGCAAGAGAUUUAAGCAUGGAAGAAAUGGGGUUAAGCCCAAUUUGAGUAAAGCACUUGAUUCUUUCCUUAAAGGAGCUGCUCGUGGUUCGACGUUAGCUAUGGUGGAUGCUGGGUUAGUUUAUUGGGAAAUGGGGAGAAGAGAAGAAGGGAUUUGUUUGUAUAGAAAGGCUGCUGAACUUGGUGAUCCUGUUGGUCAGUGCAAUUUGGGGAUUUCACUCUUGCAAGGAGCUGCUCGUGGUUCGACGCUAGCUAUGUUUCAUGCUGGGUUAGUUUAUUUGGAAAUGGGGAGAAGAGAAGAAGGGAUUUGUAUGUAUAGAAAGGCUGCUGAACUUGUUGAUCCUGCUGGUCAGUGCAAUUUGGGGUUUUUCCUCUUGCAAGCUAAUCCUCCAGAUCCUGAGGAAGCUGUUAAAUGGCUGUAUAAAGCUUCUGUUGCUGGCCAUGUUCGAGCUCAGUACCAACUUGCACUUUCUUUACAUAAAGGUCAUGGUCCAAACAAUAAUCUCCAGGAAGCGGCGAAGUGGUAUUUGAGAGCAGCAGAAGGUGGAUAUGUCCGUGCUAUGUAUAACACUGCAUUAUGCUACUCGGUCGGAGAAGGUUUAAUGCAGUCUCAUAAAUUAGCAAGGAAAUGGAUGAAGAGAGCAGCGGAUCGAGGUCAUAGCAAAGCCCAGCUUGAGCACGGGCGGAGUCUAUUUUCGGAAGGGGAGAUGAUGCGAGCUGUGGUGUAUUUGGAGCUUGCUGCUCGUGCUGGUGAGGCGGCAGCUGAUCCCGUCAAGAAUAUCAUACUUCAACAGAUGUCCGCCUCUUCCCGGGGUCGAGCUAUGCUGCUUGCCAAUAUUUGGCGUGCUUUACCUUCAUCACACUAAUACCCUCUAAUUGUCAGCUUAAUCAAUGUAUCACUUAACAUCUUGAAGUGAAAGGGUAAUAUAAGAAUUUUUCCCCCCUGCAGUUUCAUGUUUCGGAUUUCUGUGCUACUGCAAUAACUGAUAAGAGAGUUUAGACGGUGGCUUAAAAGUAAUAGA